AUGGCCAACUAUUACGAGGUCUUGGGGGUCCCGGCCAGCGCGUCCCCGGAGGACAUCAAGAAAGCCUACCGCAAGCUGGCCCUGAGGUGGCACCCGGACAAGAACCCCAACAACAAGGACGAGGCCGAGAAGAAGUUCAAGCAGGUGUCCGAAGCCUACGAGGUCCUGUCGGACUCCAAGCGGCGCUCCCUGUACGACCGGGCCGGCUGUGACAGCUGGCGCUCGGGUGGCGGGGCUGGCACCCCCUACAGCUGUCCCUUCGACACCGGCUACACCUUCCGGAACCCCGAGGACAUCUUCCGCGAGUUUUUCGGCGGCCUGGACCCCUUCUCCUUCGACUUCUGGGACGCCCCGUUCGGCAGCGACCGCGGUGGCCGGGGACACGGGCUCCGGGGAGCCUUCGCCACCGGCUUCGGGGAGUUCCCGCCCUUCGUGGAGGCUUUCUCGUCCUUCAAUGCCCUGAGUCGCCGCGGUGGCGGCAGCCGGACCACCUUCUCGUCCACCUCGUUCGGGGGCCCCGGGCCCGGCAGCUCCGGGUUCAAAUCGGUGAUGUCGUCCACCGAGGUGAUCAACGGGCACAAGGUGACCACCAAGCGCGUCGUGGAGAACGGGCAGGAGCGGGUGGAGGUGGAGGAGGACGGGCAGCUCAAGUCGGUCACCAUCAACGGCAAGGAGCAGCUCAAGAGGGUGGACAGCAAGUAGGC